GACCGUCACCAACGCCACGAAGAUUCUCGCCGUGACGAUCGACGUCACGACGACCGCCAGCAUCGACGGGAAGAACCCCGUAGAGAUGGCCGGUGGCGCGCUGCUCGCGAACUCCUGGAACACCGUGGCAACACAGGAUCCAGCUGUCAAGGCCCUGAG